AAAUAAAACCAGUGCGCCACAAGAAAAUGAACCAAGUGAAGUGAGAGGCGAGACCAGAGAAACCGAAACGAGCAAGACUAAAGAUUUUCUUUUUGGUUGAGGAAUCGAUGCCACAUCUAUAACAGAACUCUGCUUCUUUAUCGCGUAGUGAGAGGAAGAGCAGCAACAGCUCUCUAUCCUCAUCAACCAAGAAAGAUCCUUUUCGACUAAGGUUCACUAUCAGCCACUGCAAAAAAGGAGGGUGCUUGAUACCGAUCAUCUUGCCUAUACUGUGAACGGUUUCACCAUCAUGUCAGCAAAGGAAGAGAGCGGAACUGUAGCUCGGAAUGAUGUGCUUCGCCUUCGGGGAAUUCUUGAAACCUUCUCUCAACUCAAUGAAGCUGAAGAUUUCCACCAAUAUGAAAAUGCCAUCUCCGAGCUCGUCAAGCUUCUGGAUUCUGUAUUAGAUGCUGCUCAAUCUGUUCCAGGCAAUGAACGGGAAGAGAACAAUGCAUUUGAAGUUGUCUCUGAGAUCUAUCGAUAUAUCUGUUCUCCUUCGCUUGAUCAGGCAAUUGUAGAUGUGCUGUCAUUUGAAUUGCCCAAGGCUGUUUCAAAGUUUGCAGCCGUAUCACUAAGAUUAUCAGACAUGGCUAUUAGCAUAAUUGAUCAGCUUAUAGUGAUGUGCGGUCCAAGAGACAUGCUUCCAAUUCUUUGCAAUGCAUUAGGCUACUCAAGUAAGAUGGCUGAAGCUUCCGCUUAUGUAGUCCCUCCUUUAAGUGGACUCUCGAAAGUCUUCAUCUCUAUUCAGAGGCGUCAGUUUGAGCAAAUAAAAGAAGCCAUUCCGAUCAUUCUUAAUGUUUUGAAGAAUAUGUCUUUACAGACAGAUGAAGCACAACUUGAGGGUGUAUUUGGCAAAGUUGUCGAGAUCGCCAACUCUGUACAUGCAAUAUGCACUAAGAUGGAGUGUGGUAUGAAUGAGAAACUUCGUGCUCUUCUAGGUCUGUAUGCCCUGCAAUGCAUGGCUCUUCUUUCAGCCAGUGGAAGCUAUAACUCUUCCACGAGUUACUCAUUGGUUAUACAACUAUCACACAUUAUUUUAUUUUGUGGAUUAUCAUAUCUGAAUCUCCUGACCAGUUAUAAUGUCAACACAGUGGCUAGCUUCGUAUUUGAAGAGGAUAAAGACGACUAUAUGGGCUGCUUAUCACAUGUCAAACACGGAGCUGCUCUUUCAGUAAUUUGGGGGUAUGUCUCAAAAGAAGUUUCUGAAGCUACUAAAGAGUAUUUAGAUGCCAUCAAGACUGAACUUCGUUGUUCUCAAACCAAAAGGUGGGAAGCACUAGGAACAUUGAAGCAUGUGCUUUCCUUUGUAAAUCUGCCAUGGGAGUUGAAGAGAGAGACCAUCAACUUCUUGUUCUGUGUCAUUGAUGGGCAUGUAUCCGAUAAAUAUGAUGUUGAACUUUAUGAGUGGUCAGCUUACAUGCCUAAUGUUUUCUCAGCUCUGCAGGCCAUCAAAAUGGUUAUCAUGUGUGCCCCAGACCCAGAAUAUAGGAAGAAAUCCUUUGAUUUGUUAAAAAGGGUACUUGAUGAUAUUCCCAUUUCUCAAAGAUUUGACAUUUUGCAAGCGUUGAUUAGAGACACCAACUCUUCCUCCAUGGUUGCCAUUUUCAUCGAUCUAGUUAGGAAGGAAAUGCACAUGGAAGUCUGCCAUAGCACACCAACAGAAAAUCAAGUUCCGGAAACUGAAGGCAAAGCACGUCCAAAUACGUCAUUCUGGACUCCUAGUGUCCUUGAGUUGGUGGAGUUGGUUCUGAGACCACCACAGGGGGGACCUCCUUCCCUCCCUGAGCAGGGUGAUGCGGUUUUAUCAGCCCUGAACCUAUAUAGAUUUGUUCUGAUGACUGAAUCUACAGGGAAGACAAACCACACUGGGGUUAUGUCCAGGAGCAGUCUGCAGAAAGCCUACAAUGAAUGGCUGCUUCCUUUGCGUACCUUAGUGACAGGCAUAAUGGCGGAGAAUAAAAACGACUAUGAUCAGCUUGCAAUUGACACUGUAUGUACGCUGAAUCCACUUGAGUUGGUUUUGUACCGCUGUAUUGAGCUUGUGGAAGAGAAGCUGAAGCAAUCCUCAUGAGCUGUCAUUUGACUCAAUUUGAGAUCGAUGUUGAAAGAUUUGCUUUUCAAUGCAUUACAUUGAUUUCAAUAGUAGAUUCUCCUCGCGGAUGCACUCCAACUAGGAAUGAACAUAAUUUUAUUUGAAUUCUGCUUCCUUGUUUGUAUUUUAGCCGUGUCGGCAUAGCAUGGAACCCUAAUAACCUAAGCCACUAAUUCAUUUAUUAUUUGAAGUCAA